GUACAAAUGACUAGGAAUGCUCCUCCAGGUCAAGAAUCGACAGAUUUAGCAUGGCUCGUCACACCCGCAAAAGAUCUUGUCGAGAACUUCUCAAUCGACGUGUUGAAAGCACUCGCCGGAUACCUCGAGGUUAUCAGACAAGAAAGUGAAGACACAGAUAAUCAGGUGGAUGCAGCGACAACUUACAGAUUGUUCGAUUUUCAACGAGCAUGCCGGAUUAUUCAAGGAUCGUGUGCCGUAUAUGGUCGAAAAGUAGAUCAUGUCUAUGAACUGACGAUUUCAGUUGUGGAUUUAGUCGAGAACAAAGGUCAAGAUGAUGGAAACACCGGCAGUAGACGAGGAGCUGGAAGACGGAAAAAUUUUAAUUUGGGAUCGACGAAUUACGACUUGGCUGAUAUCGACUCACUGAAACAGGAAGCUCUAGCAAAUUUUGAGAAGACAGUAAAAGAAGAGAAAAAAUCGAUUGAUGCAGUGAGAAUGGUCGAGAAUGCUGAAGUUAUAGAGUCUCAAUAUGAGCGAAAAAGCUGUUUAGUAGCAAAGCCAACCCAGUUCAUGUUCAAGCUCAAUUACGGCCAGCUCAAUCGUACUGAUGAACAAAUUUUGAAUGCAAAAUCUCGUCCUGAUGUUAUCGGAAAAGUAAAAGAUUUUGAAAUUAAAAAGUCGAAAGUUAAACACGAUCAACAAAUACUCUACUCCCAUGAUUGUUAUCGUGGAAAUUUAGACCAAUUCACACUACCUGGUGCUCGUUGGAUGCCAGAUAAUAAGGAAUUGGCAGCUAAUUUUGGUGUUGCUGAUUUGGAAGUUGAGUUAGAUUUGGAGCAAGAGCAUGAGAAGAUCAGUGCAUAUGGACCGUUUAAGGAUCCUCUCUCUGGCCGUGAAGUUGUUCCACCUCCUCGUUGGUUCAUAGAGCAAGAAGCAGUUCGUCAAAAUCAAGAAAUUCAAUCUCGUGCCACAUCGAGAGCCAUCACAAUUGCAGCUAAAACUCUUCGAGAUUCUCAAGGCUUUGGAUCUCAACCAACUCGUCUCUCACAACCAUUUGUUGAACGACAUCGACAGAGUAAUCAUUUGAAUGAUUUCUUGUCAUUUGUGGAGGGAAGAGUUAAUAAGAAUCGCCCGAGCACUCAUCUUACCACUGGCUUAGUUGAUAUGUUCGUUGAUAACUUUGGAUCUGUUAUGCAAAACGAUGAACCAAACACUAGUAGAAGACCUGAUGAGAAUUACGCGCCCAUGGACUUUGAUGAUGAUUUUGGUGGUGGAGGAGACGAUGACGACGAUGAUUAUAUUCGAAAUUUGUCCAGAAGGGAUGAGAAGCGAGCACCGGCACCAUGGGACGAGCUGGAUAAAAAUCAUAUUAUUUGGUACACGGGAGACGAGAAUCUGCCAGUCGUUAGCAAGCCGGUAAAAAAGAUCACGAAAUUCCAACCAAAACCCGCUGAAAUGUUGGCUAGGAAGCAACGACGUGAGGAAAAGAUCAAUAAGUCUCGACGAGACGAGUUCAUGGAAACUCACGACUAUCUGCAGGAUUACUACUAUUGGAGAAGUGCGGCUCGUAUAAAUCCGAUUAAGGACUGGAAGAUAGAAUCACUUCGUACUGCUAUUCUAGCCGAGAAGAAACGAAGAAUCAAGGAAAAGACUGCAAAAAUCCGAGAAGCUCGUAUCCAGAAUAUGCAGAGAAAACGGACAGCUCGUGUGAUACCCGUGGAGCAAUUUGAACCGGUAACAGAGGAUAUUCCAACGUCUAAUAGAAGAACCCUCGGAGCUGAAUAUGACGACGUAGUCGAUGAAGAUCUUGCUGCCGAAGUCGAGCUCUCAAUGUUUGGAGGUGGGUUCGAUGACGACGAAGAAGACGUGCGGCCACGUGGUGAACGGCCUCCUAUGGCUCCAAACAACCUAGAAUUCGAUGCUCUUCAAACAGAUUUUGAUAUUCCGCCUGCUGAAUAUGUUCCAUUAAGAUUCGAGGAUAUUGAUGAUGCCGAACUGAACAGUGUUAUCAAUUUACCUGGAAAUUUGCUCAUCGACAAAGCUUUACCAUUGCUCAAGAAGUUUGCUGAAAAUCGAACAGAUCGCGAACAAAUGGCUUACGAGAUGGCUAAAGCAUAUGAAGAUGUGGAUGUUGCCGUGUCAACUCUACAAGAACAUGUUGACAAAUGGCAUUCUCGAAUGGAACCAAUCCUCGAAGAAGGAGAAACUCGAAAAGAGUAUGAUGUUCACGCAGUUGGUCGUGCUGUCAUUGGCCAAUACGAUAUUGAAGGUGGCACGAAACGUUUACUAGAUUUGGUUAUGGAUCGUCCAUGGUACGAAAUCAGUCGAUACUUCCUUUCGUGCCUCUUUAUGUGUAAUGUCGGAAAUGUCAUGGUCAGCGAGGACAUGGAACUGCCACUCGAGGAAAGAAUCAACUCGAUGAAAAUCACACUACUCAAAAGAGAUAUGCAUUGUGAAAUGUUCAAGGAGGCUGGCGCUCUUGAUGCCUAAUUUAUAAUUAUUGUUUUUUUUGCAUUAAAUCUCCCGAAAACCAUCUUAAUUUAUUUAAACAUUCCUCAUUGUCUCUACUUGUAUCUCGAUUUCUGGCUAUACUUUCAUUUUACUGUAUCAAUUAAUUAACUUCUAGAUGCCAAGUAUUUUUCUUCUGUUCGUUAUGGUACUUUACUGACUGUACAAUAACUUUUUUUCCGACGAAUUACCACUAUUUCUUUGAUUGUUUUUUAAUUACGUCCUUCAUUUUUUAUUCAAUCUUAAAAAUAAAUCGACUGGUUUUAAU